AUGAGUGUUAUUUUGUGUACAGAGCAAUCCCCUUGCAAGAUGGCGUACAUGCAUGCGGAGGCUGACAAUGGUGCGUGUAUCUUUGUUUCAGCUGGCUAUGAUCACACAAUUCGCUUCUGGGAAGCACUGUCCGGCAUAUGUUCAAGAACAAUCCAGCACUCCGAAUCCCAAGUAAACCGCCUUUGCAUCUCCCCUGAUAAACGGUUCCUUGCUGCUGCCGGGCAUCAUAACGUCAAGCUAUACGACAUCAAGUCAACCAACCCCAAUCCGAUCCUUACCUUCGAAGGCCAUUCGGGCAAUAUCACAGGAGUCGCAUUUCACUGUGAGGGCAAGUGGAUGGUGACAAGCUCGGAAGAUGGUACGGUCAAGAUCUGGGAGACGCGUAGCGGUACCGUGCAACGGAGUUAUACACAUGGGCCACCAGUCACGGAUGUGGUGAUCCACCCUAAUCAAGGAGAGAUCAUCAGCUGCGAUAGAGGAGGCAAUGUGCGAGUUUGGGAUCUGGCUGAGAACAAUUGCUCCCACCAGCUCAUUCCCGAAGAAGAUGUCCCUGUAUCAAGUGUUACUGUAGCUUCGGACGGCACUGCACUCUGCGCUGCGACCAAUUCCGGCAACGUCUAUGUCUGGUAUCUACUUCAAUACCGCGAAAAAACAACCCUCAUCCCCAUAACCCACUUCAAAGCUCACAACUCCUACAUAACCCGCGUCCUCCUCUCCCCCGAUGUCAAGCAUCUCGCAACCUGCAGCGCCGACUGCACCGCCAAGAUCUGGGAAGUCAAAGACCUGGAUGCCCAACUCCCAAAACCAGGCCAAGCGCCAAUUGACAAUGCUGGGAAAGCCGAGCAGCCCUUUGAGCUAGAAAGCACGCUCACGGGACAUCAGAGAUGGGUUUGGGAUUGUGCUUUUAGUGCGGAUUCGGCGUACUUGGUUACGGCGUGUAGUGAUCAUUAUGCGAGGCUUUGGGAGCUGGGAAGCCAGCAGAUUAUUCGGCAGUAUAAUGGCCAUCAUAGAGGUUUGGUCUGUGUUGCGUUGAAUGAUUACUCGGAAGCUAGGUAA